GUCCUGUUGCCGACGCUUCACUGCCUUCGAUUUCCUGCGAGAACUCAAACGUCAGGAAAAUCGUCAGACUUCGAUCGGAAUUUCAGCCAUUACUUCAAGCCAAGACCUGCAGCGAUAGGCGGCAAACGGCCUUGCGAGCGAAUAUGAGCUCACACAAUGACCGGGCGCGAUCUCAGUCGCCAAGCGCAGACGACGAUCCAGAUCUUGCGUUAGCCAUUGCGCUUUCCUUACAGCAAGAGGAAAUUGACAAUAACGAUAGAGCCAAGGCUGCGUCACCUGCAACGAAGGCCCCGACAUUGUCGGUCACUAACACAGGCCCUCUGGGGCUGUUGGCUCUCGACCGGAAGAAGAUGGAAGAGGAACGCAUAGCAAGACUCAAGAAGCGUUCAGCGACGGAGGCUGGUAUCGAUAUCCAGCCGUCACAGAGAUCAAAGAUGCAACGCCCUGAAGCCUCCGAGAGCCACAAGGCUACUGUUGCUACGACGUCCAAGGCAACACCAGCACCACCAGCAACACCAGCCGCAAAUGCUUCGGAAUUGCCAUUUCCGAAAGGAACUUUCAAGCGUACUUGGGCCUACGGCAGUCCCAGAAACGGGGAAGACAUCAAGAUCGAGGAAGUCCUCCAGAAGGACAAACUGCAGCUGGCUGUGCUCUCAUCCUUCCAAUGGGACGAGAAAUGGCUUCUCUCGAAGGUCAAUGCCCGAAAUACCAAGAUGCUUCUAGUCGCCUAUGCGAACAACGAUGCCGAGAAAGCCAACAUCCGUUCCAACAUUCCAGCUGGCAGUCUUAUCAAAUUUUGCUUCCCGCCAAUGCAUGGCGGACACAUGCAUUCCAAGUUGCAGAUAUUGAAGUAUGAAGGCUACCUCCGUAUUGUAAUUCCUUCCGGCAAUCUGGUACCGUUUGACUGGGGAGAGACGGGCGGGCUGGAAAACAUGGUCUUCCUGAUCGACUUGCCCCGGCUCAAUGGACCAUCUUUCGAGACACCAUUUGGCACCGAGCUCCGACGUUUCCUGAGAGCGCUUGGCCUCGACGAGAAAUUAGUGAAGAGUCUGGACAAUUACGACUUCUCCGAGACAAGCCGUUAUGGUUUCAUUCACUCCAUCUCUGGCAGCCACACCAAGGAAGCUUGGCAACAUACAGGCUACUGCGGCUUAGGGAGCAGUGUCCGAAGCUUGGGUUUGGCAACCGAGAAUGCCGUUGACAUUGACUAUGUUGCAUCUUCACUGGGAUCGCUGAACCAUGGGUUCUUAACGACGAUAUACUAUGCCUGUCAAGGCGACUCAGGCAUGAAAGAAUACGAAGCCAGGCAGUCCAAAACGACCAAGAACAAGGCUGCAAAAACAGGCUUGGGUGGUCUCAGACCGGUCGACAUUGACAAGGAGCCGCUCCAAUUGCAGCAUCAUUUCCGCAUCUAUUUUCCUACCGAAAAGACCGUUUCUAGUAGCCGGGGCGGUAGAUCUUCUGCCGGCACCAUUUGCGUACAAGAGAAAUGGUGGAAUUCUUCAACGUUUCCGCGAGAAUUAAUGCGAGAUUGCCAGAGCGUCAGAAGUGGCCUAUUGCUACAUAGCAAAGCCAUAUUUGUCCGUGAGCGGGCGCACGACGGCGCAGUCUGGGCAUACGUGGGGAGUGCAAACUUGUCGGAGAGCGCAUGGGGCCGGUUAGUGAAGGACCGGGAGUCGGGAACGGCCAAGCUCUCUUGUCGCAACUGGGAGUGCGGUGUGUUAGUCGCGGUUAAGGGCAGCUCGGCAGGGACUGCGGACCAAAACGCACAGGGACAGUCGCGUCCGCGGGCAAAGGCGCAGACUUGGACGCUCGAGGGGCAUGCCGAGAGCGAGGAGACAGUGAAGGGCAAGGAGGGAACGACGGCGGCAGCGGCAGUAAGCAUGGGGAAGCGGCGGCAUCAGCAGCUCGAUCAGGACGGAUCGGUGGGCCUCGACGGAGUGUUUGGAGCGACGAUGCCCAUUCCAAUGAGGGUGCCGGCGAGGCGCUACACGUCAGAUGAAUCGGCAGCCAGCCGGCCAUGGUUUUUUAUGAAGGCCGACUGAAGUGAGCAAGCAGGGGUGGGGGUGUGAUUCAGCUGAGACAUCAUUCUGGAGGAUGACCAGUGGCAGCUAAGUAAGAGCAGCACCAGUGAGCAUGCAGCAUGGAGAGCGAGGGGGGGAGAGAGAGUGAGAGUGAGAGUGAGAGAGAAAGAGAGAGAUAGCAUGGAGCUAAGCGUGUGCAGACUGC